AUGACACACGAAGCGGAUCCCGGCUGGCAGUUUCUUCGCCAGUCGCCAGAACAGCUGUUGGCGGCCACGACGAAGAAGUUCGAUUCGAAGAAGAAUGUUUGGGUUGCUGAUCCAGAAGAAGGAUUCAUCGCCGCUGAAAUUAAGUCAUCAAAAGGAGAUACAGUGGUGGUGGUGACAUCGAAAGGAGUCGAGAAGACAAUCAAGAAGGACGAUGCUCAACAAAUGAACCCUCCAAAAUACGAGAAGACCGAGGACAUGGCUAAUUUAACAUUCCUCAACGACGCCUCUGUCCUUCAUAAUCUUCGUCAACGUUACUAUUCGAUGAUGAUUUACACCUAUUCCGGUCUUUUCUGUGUCGUCAUCAAUCCAUACAAACGUCUUCCGAUUUAUUCUGAAUCGGUGUGUCAAAUGUACCUGGGAAAAAGAAGAAACGAGAUGCCACCUCAUUUGUUCGCCGUCUCCGACGAGGCUUACAGAAAUAUGACAAAUGAUCGUGAAAAUCAAUCAAUGUUGAUUACUGGAGAAUCAGGAGCCGGAAAGACGGAGAACACAAAGAAGGUUAUCUCUUACUUCGCGAUGGUUGGAGCCUCGCAACAGACGAAUAAGCAAAAGAGCAAAAAGGACAAAGCACAAGUCUCGCUCGAGGAUCAAAUUGUGCAGACCAAUCCGGUGCUGGAAGCUUUUGGUAACGCCAAAACCGUUCGUAACAACAACUCAUCGAGAUUCGGAAAAUUCAUCCGAAUCCAUUUCAAUCAGGGAGGUAAAGUCGCUGGAGCUGACAUUGAACACUACCUUUUGGAGAAAUCCCGUGUCAUCAAACAAGCUCCAGGAGAAAGAUCCUAUCAUAUCUUCUACCAAAUCUACUCUGAUGCCGUCAAGGGACUCAGAGAGAAGCUUUUCCUUACCCGUCCAAUCAAGGAAUACACUUUCGUGUCGCAAGCCGAAGUUACCAUUGAUGGAGUUGAUGAUAAGGAAGAGAUGAUGAUCACUGAUGAAGCUUUCGAUAUCAUGAAAUUCACCGCUACUGAGAAAUCGGAGCUUUUUGCUAUUACUGCUGGAAUUAUGCAUAUGGGAGAACUGAAAUUUAAGCAAAGACCAAGAGAAGAGCAGGCAGAGUUGGAAGAUGGAAAGGAAGGAGAAUUAGCUUGCAAACUCUACUGUGUUGAGGCAGAGAAAUUCAUUGGAUCUCUCUUGAAACCACGUGUCAAGGUCGGAACUGAAUGGGUUAACAAGGGACAGAAUUUGGAUCAAGUUAACUGGGCUGUUGGAGCUCUUGCUAAAGCUCUUUUCGCUCGUAUGUUCAAGUGGCUUAUUACCAGAUGUAACAAGACUCUUGACGCUCAAGACUUGUCCCGUGACUUCUUCAUUGGAGUUCUCGAUAUUGCUGGUUUCGAAAUCUUCGAUCUAAACUCAUUCGAACAACUUUGGAUCAAUUUCGUCAACGAAAAACUGCAACAAUUCUUCAAUCAUCACAUGUUCGUGUUGGAACAGGAAGAAUACAAACGAGAGGGAAUUCAAUGGGAGUUCAUUGAUUUCGGACUCGACUUGCAGGCCUGUAUUGAGCUUAUCGAGAAGCCACUCGGAAUUGUUUCUAUGCUUGAUGAGGAAUGCAUUGUACCAAAGGCUACUGACCUUACUCUCGCUUCCAAACUCAACGAUCAACAUCUUGGAAAACAUCCAAACUUCCAAAAACCACGCCCACCAAAGGGAAAACAAGCGGAAGCUCAUCUUGCCAUUGUCCACUACGCCGGAACCGUUAGAUACAAUGUCAAGGGAUGGCUGGAGAAAAACAAGGAUCCUCUCAACGACACCGCUGUCACUGUACUCAAAGCAAACAAAGGAAACCAACUUAUGGCAGACCUUUGGGCAGAUUACAGCACCCAAGAGGAUGUUGCUGCUGCAGCAAAGGAUGGAAAGAAGGCUGUUGGAAAGAAGAAGGGAAAAUCAGCAUCGUUCAUGACUGUUUCUAUGAUGUACAGAGAGUCAUUGAACAAAUUGAUGCACAUGCUCCAUCAGACUCAUCCACAUUUCAUCCGUUGUAUCAUUCCAAACGAAAUGAAAAAAGCUGGCAUGAUCGAUGCCAACUUGGUUCUAAAUCAACUGACUUGCAACGGAGUGUUGGAAGGAAUUCGUAUUUGCAGGAAGGGUUUCCCCAACAGAAUGCCUUAUUUGGACUUCAAGCAAAGAUACGCUGUAUUGGCUGCCGAUGCCGCUAAAUCUGGAAAGGAUCCAAAAGAUUCUGGAGAGAAAAUCGCCGCCUCGCUCAUCAAGGACGGCAGCUUGAAACAAGAAGAAUUCCAGUGCGGUCUCACUAAAGUCUUCUUCAAGGCUGGAGUUCUUGCUCAUCUUGAAGAACUUCGUGAUGAAGCUCUUGGAAAGAUUAUGGCCAAGUUCCAAUGUGCCUGCCGUCAUUAUCUCGCUCAAUGCGAAUACAAGAGAAAGCUCGACCAGAAGGUUGGACUUAUCGUGCUCCAGAGAAAUAUCCGUGCUUGGUGUACUCUCCGUUCAUGGUCCUGGUUCAAACUGUUCGGACGUGUCAAGCCAUUGAUUAAGGGAAGCAAGAAAAAUGAAGAGUUCGAAGCUCUCGAAAAGAAGUUCAAGGUACUUGAGGAGGAGAAAACACAGGAAGAGAGAAAGAGAAAGGAUAUGGAGGCGGAGAACGCAAGACUCGAAGCUGAGAAACAGGCACUGCUCAUUCAGUUAGAACAGGAGAGAGAUUCAAGUGCUGAAGGAGAGGAACGGUCUGCUAAACUGCUGUCACAGAAGGCGGAUCUCGAGAAGCAAAUGGCCAAUUUGAAUGAUCAGUUGUGUGAUGAAGAGGAGAAGAAUGCUGCCCUUGUAAAGCAAAAGAAGAAGAUCGAGCAAGAUAAUGAAGGCCUGAAGAAGACUGUUUCUGAUUUGGAGACUACUAUUAAGAAGCAAGAAAGCGAGAAGCAAGCCAAGGACCAUCAAAUCAGAAGUCUUCAAGAUGAGAUCCAAUCUCAAGAUGAGGUUAUUUCCAAGCUCAACAAAGAGAAGAAGCAUCAAGAGGAAGUCAACCGUAAGCUCCUUGAAGAUAUCCAAGCUGAAGAAGAUAAGGUGAACCAUCUCAACAAAACCAAAGCUAAAUUGGAAUCAACUCUUGAUGAAAUCGAAGACACUUUGGAACGUGAGAAGCGUGGACGUCAAGACUGUGAGAAGCAGAAGAGAAAGGUUGAAGGAGAGUUGAAGAUUGCUCAGGAACUCAUCGAAGAACUCAACCGUCACAAACACGAACAAGAACAAGUGCUCAAGAAGAAGGAUAUUGAAUUGAACUCAUUGCAAUCAAGACUGGAAGAUGAACAGUCUCUUGUUGCUAAACUUCAAAGACAAAUCAAGGAAUUGUUGGCCAGAAUUCAAGAGCUCGAAGAGGAACUUGAAAAUGAAAGACAAUCCAGAUCCAAGGCUGAGAAGGCUAGAAAUGAAAUGCAAUUGGAAUUGGAAGAGUUGGGAGAUCGACUUGAUGAGGCUGGAGGUGCCACUCAAGCACAAAUUGAGCUCAAUAAGAAGAGAGAAGCCGAACUGUCCAAACUUCGUCAAGAUCUGGAAGAUGCUGCAAUCAAUGCUGAAACCAGCAUGGCUGCUCUCCGCAAGAAACACAAUGACGCCGUCGCUGAGCUCUCUGAUCAACUUGACACUGUCCAAAAAAUGCGUGGAAAACUUGAGCGUGAGAAGAAUGAUAAGCAGAGAGAAGUCGAUGAACUCCAACAAUCUGCUGAUGUUGAGGCUAAACAACGUCAAACUUGCGAGCGUAUGGCCAAGCAACUCGAGGCUCAACUCACUGAUAUCACAUUGAAGAGCGAUGAACAAGCCAGACUUAUCCAGGAAUUGACGAUGAGCAAGAAUAAGACACACUCUGAAAAUCAAGAUUUGAACAGACAACUUGAAGAUGCUGAGUCUCAAUUGUCUGCAUUGAACAGAAUCAAGCAACAACAACACAAUCAAAUGGAGGAGUUGAAGAGAACUCUUGAUCAGGAAACUCGCGAGAGACAAUCCCUUCAUUCCCAAGUGUCCAACUAUCAAUUGGAAUGUGAGCAACUUCGUGAAUCCCUUGAAGAAGAACAAGAUGCUAAGACGGAUGUCCAAAGACAGUUGAGCAAGGCCAACUCGGAAAUCCAACAAUGGAGAGCCAAGUUCGAGGGAGAAGGUGUUUCUAGAGCCGAGGAGUUGGAAGAAACAAGAAGAAAGUUGACUCACAAGGUUCAAGAAAUGCAAGAACAACUCGAGAAUGCCAAUCAGAAGAUUGGAACAUUGGAGAAGAACAAGCAACGAUUGGCUCAUGAUUUGGAAGAUGCUCAGGUUGAUGCUGAUAGAGCCAACUCGAUUGCCAGCUCUUUGGAAAAGAAACAGAAAGGAUUCGAUAAGGUUCUCGAAGAAUGGCGUCGUAAGUGUGAGGCUCUCGUUGCUGAAGUUGAACAAAGCCAGAGAGAAACUCGUGCUGCUGCCACUGAAACCUUCCGUCUCCGUAACCAACUUGAGGAAUCUGGAGAACAAACUGAAGCAGUCAAACGUGAGAACAAGGCUUUGGCUCAAGAAUUGAAGGAUAUUGCUGAUCAACUUGGAGAAGGAGGAAAAUCUGUUCACGACCUUCAGAAGUUGCGCAGAAGACUCGAAAUCGAGAAGGAAGAGUUGCAACAAGCUCUCGAUGAGGCUGAAUGUGCUCUUGAAGCAGAAGAAGCCAAAGUUAUGCGUGCUCAAAUUGAAGUUUCUCAAAUCAGAAGUGAAAUUGAGAAGAGACUUCAAGAAAAGGAAGAAGAAUUUGAGAAUACAAGAAAGAACCAUAGCAGAACCAUCGAGAGUAUGCAAGUCUCCUUGGAAACUGAGAGCCGCGGAAGAGCUGAACUUCUCAAGACCAAGAAAAAGUUGGAGGGAGAUGUCAAUGAACUCGAAAUCGCCUUAGAUCACAGCAACAAACUCAACGUAGAUGGACAGAAAUCACUGAAAAAGCUUCAAGAUACCAUCAGAGAGCUUCAACUUCAAGUGGAAGAGGAACAGAGAUCGUUGAAUGAGGUCCGUGAUCAUGCCAAUCUUGCUGAACGCCGUUCCCAAGUUCUCCAACAAGAAAAAGAAGAUCUCGCAAUCAUCUAUGAGCAAUCUGAGAGAACUCGUAGACAAGCAGAACUCCAAUUGGCUGAAGUUCAAGACUCAGUCAAUGAACUAUCAAAUACCAACUCACUUCUUUUGGCAACCAAGAGAAAGGUCGAGGGAGAUCUUCAACAUUUGCAAUCGGAGGUUGACGAGGCAUUGAGUGAUGCCAAGGUCAGUGAUGACAAGGCUAAGAAGGCUAUCAUGGACGCUUCUAAACUUGCUGAUGAGCUCCGCUCCGAGCAAGAACAUGCCAGCAACCUGGACAAAUCAAAGAGAGCUCUCGAGUCUCAAGUUAAAGACUUGCAAAUGAGAUUGGACGAGGCUGAAGCUGCUGGAAUCAAGGGUGGAAAGAGACAAUUAGCCAAGUUGGAUAUGAGAAUUCAUGAGCUGGAAACUGAGUUGGAAGGGGAGAGCAGAAGACAUGGAGAGACACAGAAAGUGCUCAGAAACAAGGAUAGAAAGUGCAGAGAACUUCAAUUCCAGGUUGAUGAAGACAAGAAAUCCACUGAAAGAAUGUACGAUCUCAUUGAAAAGCUCCAACAAAAGAUCAAAACUUACAAACGACAGAUUGAGGAUGCGGAAUCACUGGCUUCUGCCAACCUUGGAAAAUACCGUCAACUCCAACAUGUCGUCGAAGAUGCUCAAGAAAGAGCCGACGCAGCUGAAAAUGCACUCCAGAAAAUGAGACUGAAAGGACGAAGUGCGUCUGGAGUCUUUGGACCACGUGGAUUAGCUCAUUCGAUGUCAACAACUGGAGUGGCUAUGAGACGAGGUGGCUCCCGAGGUGCAUUCCUGGAUGAGGACUUCACCGAGGAAUAA